CAUCAGUCCCUCGGGGAGUGUCCAGAGCUGCUGGGCAAUGGCGCUACUCCCAGGACAGCCGGGUGCCUGCCACCCUGGCCCUGGCCUGACUUCCCCAUGCCCUGGGUGGGGACUGACUGGGGAUGCCCUUUCCACCACGGCUCCCUGCAAUGUGUCCCGCUUGCCUUGCAGACGGACCAGUGGUCAGAGCUGACAAAAGCUCUGCAGGAGCAAGUUGAGGUCAAGAAGGUACUGUGGCCAGGAGGGAUGGGGGCUCGACACGUUUGUGAGGUUAAAGCCCCCUCAGAGCGAGCGUGGCAUGGACUCUUGACUGGGCCCUUUGCUUUUCCAGCUGCUCAGGAACAAGCUCCAGCACCUCCAGGAGAGACAGGAAUGCCUGCGAGAGCCAAGAGCUUUCAGGGGGAAGAAGGUGCAGGCAGAACCACCAGAGGAGUCGCUGCUGCAGGAGAUGGUGGCCGUGCAGCUGGUAGGACAGACAAGCCCGCUGUGGGCCUUGGGGAGGGAAGGGUCUGCUCUGUGCCCGAGGAACAUGAGGGCACUGGUCUCAGCGGGGACGAGGGAGGGGCUCUGAGCCCCCAAACCUCGGCCCCCUCGCACACCCCAACACAUGUCCCUGCUGUGCCUUGGCCUGUAGGAGGAGCAGCUGGCGUCAAGGAGGCAUGGCAUCACUUCUUGGCUGAGGAGACUUCUUCUGUUCCUCGCCUUCCUCCAGAUCGCCAUCCUCAUCGUGGUUGUGCUGAAGGGAGACAUCCUUGACUGGGUCCUGCCACCAAAGCUGGCGGCCGCCUUUGGGAGCCGCCCAGCGAGGUCCCAGCUCUUCUGAGAUAAAGCAGG